CUGAUGAAUCUGAGAAAGUUUCUUGGAACGGAGAAUGCGGAGUUCCAGGCACUCAUUUAUUUUAUAAUUGCGCUUGGGUGUUUCUUAUCAAUCCUUGGCACUUUGGGUUUUUGUGGUGCAUGCAGGGAGAAUAAAUGCUGUCUUGUCUUGUACAUGUUCUUGCUCGCGAUAUUUAUAAUUGCUGGAGUGGGCGUGGGAAUCGCUGCGUUCGUUUUCGGGGAUAAGGUUCAAAAUUAUGUGUCAUCCAUAACUAGUCAAGCCUAUGAAUUUUAUGGCAAAGAAUCUUCGCACUAUGACAACUUCAUCAACCUGGUACAGAGGGAGUUACAAUGUUGCGGUGCGAACGGUACAUGGGAUACCACUAAAAGUGGACCUAUUCCUGAUUCAUGUAGAAAUCCGAAUGGCGACGUCUAUAACUCGGGAUGUCUUAACGCAGUCAAAGCAUUCUUCAAGAAAUACAUGCUUAUUGCUGCCCUGUGCGUCUUUCUGUUUGCGCUACUUCAAAUUCUGAGCCUUGUAUUCGCCAUCUGUCUACGUCAAGCUCUCAGUCAUGUGGAGUUUGACUGAAGCUCGAAAUUUUCAAACGAACGCAAACACCCUCGGGAUCUCAGAGAAUCAGAAAAACUACAAUCCACACUUCUACUUCUGCUAACCACUCAUUUUGAAAAAGAAUAAGUACAUUUUGAUGGUGCGCU